AUGUCCCGCCCUCCCCCCGUCCGCUACCCCGACCCAGCCUAUAACGGCUCGUACGACCGGGAUCCAUUCGUGACUCCGGCCCAGUCCACCCAGUCCCACGGCCACUACACCGACUCGGACAUGGACCACCCCAACUACGGCCGUCGCGACACAUUCCAGAGCGAGCACAAUGCCCCUGACGCUCACCACGAUCCCCGCUACUACCAGCCGCCCUACGACCCAUAUGCACGCAGAGACACCGACACCGAGUCCGAGCUAGAGCAGCCGUACCCGACACAGCCAUACAAGUCCUCCAACGACUCGCUCCUCAACCAACAGCGGCCCGCACCCUCCGAGGUCUCUACCCCCACCUUCAACGACUAUGCCCCCGGUGCACCUCGCGAGCCCUACCCAGCAUGGGGUUCCGACCGCCAGAUCCCCCUGUCCAAGGAAGAGAUUGAAGAUAUUUUCCUUGACCUCACUCAAAAGUUUGGCUUCCAACGCGACUCGAUGCGCAACCAGUUUGAUUUUUUGAUGCAACUACUCGACUCGCGCGCUUCACGCACGUCCCCAGAACAGGCGCUUACAACACUCCAUGCGGACUACAUUGGUGGCCCCCACGCAAACUACCGCAAAUGGUACUUUGCUGCCCAGCUUGACCUCGAUGAUGCAGUCGGCCAGACACAGAACCCCGGUGUCAAGCGUCUCCAGUCGGUCAGGCGAACCAAGGACGGCGGCCGUCGCUCGACAGGCGCUGCCCGAUCCCUCGAGAGUGCCAUCAACCGAUGGCGUCAGGCCAUGCAUCAAAUGAGCCCUUAUGACCGCUUGCGCCAGCUCGCUCUUUACCUUUUGUGCUGGGGUGAGGCUGCCCAAGUCCGCUUUGUUCCAGAGUGCUUGUGUUUCAUCUUCAAGUGUGCCGACGACUAUUACCGCUCUCCCGAGUGCCAGAACAGGCAAGAACCUGUCCCCGAGGGUCUCUUCCUUAGGAGUGUUGUCAAGCCUCUCUACCGUUUUAUUCGCGACCAGGGUUACGAAGUCCAAGACGGCAAGUUUGUCCGUCGCGAAAAGGACCACGAAGAUAUUAUUGGCUAUGACGACGUUAACCAGCUUUUCUGGUACCCUGAAGGCAUUGCCCGCAUUGUCCUCAAUGACCGAACCCGUCUUGUCGAUUUGCCUCCUGCCCAGCGUUUUAUGAAGUUUGACAAGAUCGACUGGAAGCAAGCAUUUUUCAAGACUUACAAGGAAAAGCGUACCGCCCUCCAGUUGCUCGUCAGCUUUAACCGAAUUUGGGUCGUUCACAUUUCCCUUUUUUGGUACUAUGCCGCCUAUAAUUCUCCCGUCAUUUACCGUAGGAUCAAUUCUCGCGAUGCCACUCCUGCCAUGAAGUGGUCUGCAAGCGCAUUGGGUGGUGCCGUCUCUACAGCUAUCAUGAUUGCCGCAACGCUCGCCGAAUUCACGUUUAUCCCGACGACUUGGAACAACACUUCACAUCUCACUCGCCGUCUAAUCUUCCUUCUCGUCGUCCUCGGUCUUACUACCGGUCCCUCGUUCUACAUCUUCAUUGCCAAUGACGGUCAGGAUGGCUCGUCUCUGCCCCUGAUUCUCGGUAUUGUCCAGUUCUUCAUCGCCGUGAUUGCCACCUUGUUGUUCAGUAUAAUCCCCUCGGGCCGCAUGUUUGGUGACCGUGUCGCGGGCAAAUCGCGCAAGUACCUUGCCAGUCAGACCUUUACUGCAUCGUACCCGUCCAUGACCCGCAACCAGCGCCUUGGCUCGAUCGUCCUCUGGUUGCUCGUCUUUAGUUGCAAGGCCGUCGAAUCGUACUUUUACCUCGUCGUCUCGUUUACCAACACGGUCACCGUCAUGACUCAUAUGCGGAUUCAAAACUGCAACGAUCGUCUGUUUGGUACCGGUCUGUGUGCGAACCAUGCGGCGUUUACAUUGGCGAUCAUGUUCAUCAUGGACUUGGCCCUCUUUUUCCUCGAUACGUACCUCUGGUAUGUCAUCUGGAGCGCAGUCAUAUCCACCGGCCGAUCGUUUGUCCUCGGUCUCUCGAUCUGGACACCAUGGAAGGACAUUUUCACUCGUCUUCCCAAGCGCAUUUACGCCAAGAUCCUCGCGACCGGUGAUAUGGAAGUCAAGUACAAGCCCAAGGUGCUCGUCUCCCAAGUCUGGAACGCAAUCAUCAUUUCCAUGUACCGCGAACACUUGCUCUCGAUCGACCAUGUCCAAAAGCUGCUGUACCACCAAGUCCAGUCUGACACCGACGGCCGCCGCACGCUCCGCGCUCCUCCGUUUUUCAUCAACCAGGGCGACAAGAACCAAGGCGAAUUCUUCCCUCCUGGCAGCGAAGCCGCUCGUCGUAUCUCUUUCUUUGCUCAGAGUUUGACCACUACGAUUCCGGAGCCCUUGCCGGUUGAUGCCAUGCCCACGUUUACCGUUCUCGUCCCGCACUAUUCGGAAAAGAUCCUGCUCUCUCUGCGUGAGAUUAUUCGUGAAGAGGACCAAAACACGCGCGUUACCUUGCUCGAGUACCUGAAGCAACUGCACCCGAUCGAGUGGGAAAACUUUGUCAAGGACACCAAGAUUCUCGCCGAGGAAAGCGCCAUGUUCAACGGAGUCAAUCCGUUUGGCAACGGUUCGGACGAAAAGGGCGGAGCGAACAAGACCGACGAUCUGCCAUUCUAUGCCAUCGGUUUCAAGUCUUCCUCUCCCGAGUUUACGCUCCGUACCCGUAUCUGGGCCAGCUUGCGCGCGCAAACGCUCUACAGGACCGUAUCCGGAAUGAUGAACUAUGCCAAGGCGAUCAAGCUGCUCUACCGCGUCGAAAACCCCGAGGUCGUCCAGCUGUUUGGUGGCAACACCGAGAAGCUCGAACGGGAGCUCGAGCGCAUGGCCCGCCGCAAAUUCAAGUUUGUCGUGUCGAUGCAGCGCUACUCGAAAUUCAACAAAGAAGAACAAGAAAAUGCCGAAUUUUUGCUGCGUGCUUACCCCGAUUUGCAAAUUGCCUAUUUGGACGAGGAGCCCGCGAAGAAAGAGGGCGGCGAGCCCCGGCUGUUCUCUGCGCUCAUCGACGGCCACUCCGAGUUUGUGCCCGAGACGGGUCGUAGGCGUCCCAAGUUCCGCAUCGAGCUCCCCGGCAACCCGAUCCUGGGAGACGGCAAGUCGGACAACCAGAACCAUGCGAUCAUCUUUUACCGCGGCGAGUACUUGCAGCUCAUCGACGCCAACCAGGACAACUAUCUCGAAGAGUGCCUCAAGAUUCGUAACAUUCUCGGCGAGUUUGAAGACUUCCAAAUGUCGAACCAGAGCCCAUACGCUCAGUGGGGCCACAAGGAUUUCCAAAAGAGCCCAGUCGCGAUCGUCGGUGCGCGCGAGUACAUCUUUUCGGAGAACAUUGGUAUUCUCGGAGACGUCGCUGCCGGCAAGGAACAGACGUUUGGUACGCUCACCGCGCGCUCUCUCGCCUGGAUCGGAGGCAAACUGCACUAUGGUCACCCGGAUUUCCUCAACGCAACGUUUAUGGCCACCCGCGGCGGUGUGUCCAAGGCUCAAAAGGGACUGCAUUUGAACGAGGAUAUCUUUGCUGGUAUGAACGCGUUUGGCCGUGGCGGUCGGAUCAAGCACACCGAGUACUUCCAGUGCGGCAAGGGUCGUGAUCUCGGGUUCGGGACCGUGCUCAAUUUCCAGACGAAGCUUGGGAACGGUAUGGCCGAACAGAUGCUCAGUCGCGAGUACUAUUACCUCGGCACGCAGCUUCCUGUCGACCGCUUCUUGACGUUUUACUAUGGUCAUCCUGGCUUCCACUUGAACAACAUUUUGGUCAUCUUUUCGGUCCAGGUCUUUAUUAUCGCUUUGCUCUUCCUCGGUACACUUAUGGAGUCGGUGCCGAUCUGCAGUUAUAUCGAUGGUCAACUCGCCCCGAACCAGAAUGGAUGCUACAACUUGGACCCCGUGUUUGAUUGGAUUAAGCGUUGCAUGAUUUCCAUCUUUUUGGUCUUUAUGAUUGCGUUCUUGCCGUUGUUCAUUCAAGAACUCACCGAGCGUGGUGCCGGUCGUGCUGUCCUUCGUCUCGCCAAGCAUUUCUUGUCUCUCUCGCCCAUGUUCGAGGUGUUCGCCACCCAGAUUCAAUCCAACUCGAUUCUCGUCAACAUGUCGUUUGGUGGUGCCCGCUACAUCGCUACCGGUCGUGGCUUUGCAACGACUCGCAUCUCGUUUAGCAUUCUGUACUCCCGCUUCGCCGGACCGAGCAUCUACCUCGGCAUGCGCACGCUCAUCAUGCUGUUGUACGUUACGAUGGUCAUUUGGGUCCCGCACUUGCUCUACUUUUGGAUUUCGGUCGCCGCUCUCGUCAUCGCUCCAUUCCUGUUCAAUCCGCACCAGUUUUCGUACUCGGACUUUAUCAUCGACUAUCGCGAAUUUUUGCGCUGGAUGUCGCGUGGUAACUCGCGAUCCCAUGCCAAUUCGUGGAUCGGAUACUGCCGUCUCUCGCGUACGCAGAUCACUGGUUAUAAGAAGAAGCGUCUCGGUCAUCCAUCUGAAAAAUUGUCGAGCGAUGUUCCUCGUGCCGGUUGGCGCGCAGUGUUGGUCAGCGAAAUCAUUGCGCCCCUGUGCUUGGCCGUUAUCUUCACGAUCGCAUACCUCUUCGUCAAGUCAUUCCGCGAGGACGAUGGGACGUACCCUCCCAGCCCUCUCGUCCGUCUCGCCAUCGUCGCGCUUGGUCCGGUAGUCUGGAACGCCGCGGUGUUGCUCGUCAUGUUCCUCAUCUCUCUUACUCUCGGCCUCAUGCUCAAUCAAUGCUGCCCAAGAUUCGGCGCGGUGAUGGCCAUGAUCGCACAUACCCUUGCCGUUGUUGGUCUGAUCGCCUUUUUCGAGUUCCUCUGGUUCCUCGAGUCCUGGAACUCGGCUCACGCAGUUCUCGGUCUUAUCGCGAUCAUCUCUAUUCAACGUGCGGUCCAAAAGAUCAUGAUCUCCGUCUUCAUCUCUCGCGAGUUCAAGCAUGACGAAACUAACCGCGCAUGGUGGACUGGUCAAUGGUACGGACGCGGCCUCGGCACACACGCAAUGUCCCAACCGGCUCGCGAGUACAUUGUCAAGAUUGUCGAACUCUCUCUAUGGAGCGGUGAUUUCCUGCUCGGACACUUCUUGCUGUUCUUCUUGUCGCUGCCGACCCUUAUUCCGUUUGCGGACAAGAUCCACGCCACUGGUCUAUUCUGGCUUCGUCCCUCCAAGCAGAUUCGCGCACCUCUCUAUUCGAUCAAACAAAAGAGGCAACGACGAGGCAUUGUUAUCAAGUUCACGAUUGUGUUCUACCUUGCAUUUAUUAUUUUCAUUGCACUUAUCGCACUACCCGUGAUCUUCCGUACAGCACUCAAGAUGAACUGCGGAAUCUGCAAAUCUAUUUGA